AUGGCAGAGCAACUGAUAUGUCAGAGGUGCCGAAAAGAGCCAGCCACGGUGGUAAGUAGAAAGGAAAGGUUCUCUAAUGAUUGUUUCCGCAAGUUUGUAUCACAGAAGCAGAGAAAACAAAUGAUGUCUGAUCCAUACUUUCAAGACAUUUUCAAGGUUAUGUAUCAAGAUAGAUUUAGGACUUCGAAGGAAGCGGAUUUGCAAAAUAUGCAAUCAACUGUCUUGGUACCACUGUCAUUCGGUUCAUCUUCGCUGGUUAUGCUGGAUGUCCUAAAUGACACAUUGACAGAGCAGAAAACCACCCAACGAGGUAAGACAGGCUUCCAAGUAGACUUGAUUAUUUGCUAUCAAACUACGGAAGAAAAAGAGGCUUUCAAAGAGCUGGCUCAUAACAUUAUCAACACGAGGUAUGCUUCUAAUAAAGAGAAAUUCAAAUUUCAUCUAAUAGACUUAGAUUCUUUUUUUAGUAGCUCGAAGGAUUGUUUGCGGGUGGUAGCUUUAGAUGCUAGAGGAGCCACUGCUAUCAAAGCUAAUUACAGCGUAGAGCCCUCUAAUUCAUACAACCUGAAAGAUCUUCUGAAUCAAUGCACAGAUAGGACCACCCGUGAAGACAUAUUAUCAUUCAUAAGAAGGCACUUAAUCAAAAAAUUUGCAUCUCAACAUGAGCAAAGAGCUAUUAUGUGGGGUCAUUCAAUGACCAAAUUAGCAGAUGAAACUAUAUCACUCAUUGUAAAAGGACGUGGUUCGGAGAUUGCUGCAUCAAUGGAUUGCUCCAAAUUUGAUGAGGAUUACAAUAGUAGCUUCAAGAAUCUCUUUCCAAUGAAAGAUAUUCUAUUAUCAGAGAUUGAUGCUUUUUGCCUUGUUGCCAAACUGGACGAAUUUUUGUACGACUAUAAACCUCAGGACACGUUGCUCAUACAAAAAGUGCAAAUAAUUAAUGAUACGAAGUACAGUACACUUGUCAAAAACAUGACGGUGAAUGAGAUUGCUAGAAAAUACUUUGAUGACAUAGAAGGAGAUUAUUCCAAUGUCAUAUCUACCGUCGUCAAGACUGCGAAUAAACUGGCGGAGCCUCAAUCACUCCUUAUUGAGAAAGAGAGGUCAAAAAAAUGUGUAUUAUGUUUUUCAAAUAUUUAUACGAAUGGGUUUAAAUGGUUGAGCGAUAUAACCAUAAAUGAAGGCGUUCCAAUUGAGGAUGAUGCAGAGCGUGAGAUUUUUAACGAAUGGAAAAAUUCUACUAUUGGCAAUAAGACUGAAGGGUAUAAUAGAGCGACAGAGCUUGUAACCGCGCAUAGUUGCGAUGUUCCCGUGUGUUACGGAUGCAUUAUAAUCUUUAAUAGGAUAAAAGAGCGAAGGUUGACAUGGCCAACAAAGUCUAAGUCAGAAUUGGAGGGUGUUCUUGAUGAAUGUGUGUUAACGGAUGACGAGAGUUGA